AUCGAUAUAUACAGUCAUUUAGCUUCUAGGUUAUGAGUGGGGCGGACAUGAGCAUGCAUUGACCUUGUGGCUCGGAUUUUCUUUGACCGGAUUAACCCAAAAUUUCAAUUGGUGGUGAUGUAGCUGGGGAGGCUCGCGAUCUAAGUUGUGUAGGCGCUGCAUCUCGUCUUGGAUCACGGCAGCCUACACCACACCAUGGUAACGCCCGCAUCCGUCCGGCCCUCAAUUGGCCGGGUUGUCAAUGCUACCAGAGCCUUCCACAACGCCAAUGCCACAAUAACGGCAGCUGCUCUGCCUAGAUCGUCCUUGCAGAGAUGCGCAUUCUCAUCAACCCCCGAAUAUAACAGCCGACGGCCACGUCGCGACAACAACCGCCUUCGCGGUCUCAGCAGUAUCUACAGAUCGGGGACACGGUUUCGGAUGAACAUCGACAAGUCCGAGGUUCCAAAGCCUGCUGAGUACAAGCCGAAGAUCGAGGUUGACCCCAACCACGGUCUUUGGGAUUUUUUCUACACCAAGGACAAGCCACUUUUGACGCCCGAGGAGACCGUAGAGCAUGGGCGUGGAUGGACAGUUGAGGAGUUACGGCACAAGAGCUGGGAGGAUUUGCAUAAGCUGUGGUGGGCGUGUGUCAAGGAACAGAACCGCCUUGCGACGGCCUGGAGGGAGUACAAGCGGCUGAAGCUUAUGAACGGUGAACAAGAGGGGGAAGUACGGGUAGGAGAGGUCCGCAGGACAAUGAGAGCAAUCAAGCAUGCGCUGAUUGAGCGAUGGUAUCUAUGGGAGGACGCCAGGACACUGGCGGAGACGGAUCCUGAGAUUGACCUCAGCAAUGCAAAAUCCCCCUAUACACCACAAGACUACUACGAAUACGAUAAUGCGCCUGAGGAUAUCAACCAAGACCAACCCGCUGCACAACCAGAGUCAGGCUUCAUGGCUGAAGAGCCCAGAGUAACGAAACCAGAGGAUAUUGAACCAUCGACAAUCUCGUCAAAACCUCUAGAGCCACAACAGACGUCGGCAAAACCCUGAUAAUCUACUGACAAGAAGAAGAAAAAGAACAAGAAUCGCAACAGCAACAACGGGAAAUCGGUAUCUGCAAGAUAACUGAAAGUGGCAGUAUGCGAGUAUAAUCAAUAUGACCCAGGAGCUAUGUAAAUACGUGUACAAUAAAUUAUGAACAUUCAUGUCGAUGCAACCCGACCAGUCAAAGUACAUGGAGGUCUACAUGGGAGCGAGUAUACGAAACCGGCCUUGAGUUACCCCAGGUAGGUAGAUACUAUGUACACAACACAGCAUACACGUAUAAACACAGUGCUAGAUACCACAAACCAGAGUCUGCUUGUUGAGAAGAGAUAUGUAGGUACUAAUACCAUCUAUCUAACCUAGGUACCUAAUCUAAACACCGACUACACGUAGGUAGUUGAACGAAAAGGUCAAGUCUUUGGAUACCUCAUAUCGGUAGCCGUUGGCGAACCUUGUAUUUCGGGGGUGGGCAGCGCCAACGUGCAGCAGGGGGUUGCGCCAAGCCCGGCGGCAAUUGGUCAGAGCUAUAGGGGAUCCCCAGCUACAGGCGGUGAUAGGCGGUGGUUAG